AUGACGCACAUAGUCAACGAUAAUCUUGGACUUGCCUCAUCAGAUGUUACCUCGAAAAUAUACACUUGGUAUCCAUACACCAAGUUUAGUUGUGGAAAUAAUUUUGACAAAAUCAAAAUUAUUGCCAAAUGCAAAAGAAACAAAUUAAUACAAAAUAAACCACUCUUUGAAGACAAAAUUACCACAAUAUAUAAUUGCCCAGUUCGUACUAGAGCAAUUCUUUGGUCACCAUUCAUAAUGAGGGUAGAUAAUGAAUAUACUGGCAUAGAAGUUAGUAUGCUAAAAACAAUUAGUGAAGUAUUAAAGUUUAAUCCUAUAUUUUCGGUAUCCAAGGUACCUUUAAAUUGGGGUUCUAUUAAUGAAACAGGAGGUUCUACUGGACUGUUAGGUGCACUAAUAAAAAAUAAAGCCGAUAUUGGAAUUGCUUCGUUAGGUACAACAUCGCGGAAUUCACCCAGAGGAAAAGUUCGGGUAGUUACGGGCUGUUGGUGUGUCUUUUGCUGGAUCAUAAGCAUUUUAUAUGUGACAAGUAUGAUUGGUAGAUUGACACGUCCGAAUUAUUUUGUAUCAUAUCCAAUCACAAUGUUAAUGAAGAAAGAUUUUCCAUUAAGGAACAGAAUUAAUACGGUAAUAUUAAGGAUUUGUGGCGCUGGUUUGUUUCAGCUCUGGGAAAGUGUAUAUUUAAGAUGUGUCGGGAAAACAAAAUCAGAGGAUCACACUAGCAGUUGA